AAAAUAAGAGGGAGGGAAGACAAAUGAGUCAGUUGAGUUCCCCUCCACAAAACCCAAAAAAGGCAGGAGAUUAUGAAUUAUCCAACCCCUCCUCCGUCACACAACCAAACCUCACCUUUUUAACACCCCCUAUCAGAAAACCACCGAAAAAAAGAACCAUGAUCGUUAACCUCUCAGCUUCUCUACCCUCCUCUUCUUCUUUCUCUCUCAUCAAGUUGUCCAAUUCCAGAUCAUCCAUCUCAGGUUUUCCAUCAAAACCCAAAACCCACCUUCCAAAACCUCCGUCUUCUUCCAUUUGCUACUCUUUCUCUUCUCCAGACGUCGGUUUUCAGUGCAAGGAUCGAUUUUUCAUCGAAAAUGGCAGGUACCCACAUGGGAAAAGGUUCAAGUUUAGGACUUGUGUGAUUCCUGGGUUCGACUAUGGCAACUUUGAGAGUGCUCAGUCGGUUUUGGAGGCGGCUUCUGUGCUAACGGCCAUAAUUGUUGUUCAUGAGAGUGGUCACUUCCUUGCUGCUUAUCUCCAAGGCAUCCAUGUAAGUAAAUUUGCAGUUGGUUUUGGUCCAAUUUUAGCUAAAUUCAAUGCAAACAAUGUGGAGUAUUCUCUUAGAGCUUUUCCCUUAGGUGGUUUUGUGGGGUUUCCAGAUAAUGAUCCAGAUAGUGACAUUCCAGUUGAUGAUAAGAAUCUGCUUAAGAACAGGCCAAUAUUGGAUAGAAUAAUUGUGGUUUCAGCUGGUGUGGUUGCCAAUAUUAUUUUUGCCUAUCUUAUAAUCUUUACUCAAGUGUUGUCUGUUGGUUUGCCUGUACAAGAGGCCUAUCCUGGGGUGCUUGUGCCCGAGGUUCGCCCCUUCUCCGCUGCUUCCCGAGAUGGGUUGCUUGCCGGCGAUGUGAUCCUUAAGGUUAACGGAAAUGAAUUGCCAAGAGGAGGUCCUAAUGGUGUGUCAGAGAUUGUUGAUGUGAUUAAGCAGAGUCCCAAAAGAAAUGUGGUUCUUAAGGUUGCGAGGGGACAGCAGGAUUUUGAAAUUGGGAUCACCCCGGAUGAGAAUUAUGAUGGAACAGGCAAAAUCGGAGUGCAACUAUCGCCAAAUGUUAAGUUUACGAAAGUUAAACCCGAAAGUGUUUCAGAAGCUUUUAAUUAUACUGGGAGAGAAUUUUGGGGCUUGUCAUUUAAUGUUUUAGAUAGUUUAAAGCACACUGUUCUUAACUUCUCGCAGACAGCUAGCAAGGUUUCAGGUCCAGUUGCAAUCAUAGCUGUAGGGGCAGAAGUUGCAAGGUCGAAUAUUGAUGGACUCUAUCAGUUUGCAGCCUUGCUUAAUCUCAACCUUGCAGUAAUCAACCUUCUUCCGUUACCUGCUUUAGACGGUGGUACCUUGGCUUUCAUCCUCAUAGAGGCUGCCAGGGGUGGGAGAAAGCUCCCACUAGAAGUAGAGCAGGGGAUUAUGUCAUCAGGGAUAACUCUUGUUAUUUUCCUAGGAUUGUUCCUUAUCGUUAAGGACACGCUUAAUCUCGAUUUUAUCAAGGACAUGUUGUAAUUGCUUAAAAAAUCGUAGAAGUUUAAUGAAACUUGGGUUUCGGGAAAGCCCUGUGGCACUGGCAUUAAAUCAUCUGAUGUCUGAAGAAGGAAACAAACCAAGAACUUUGGGGAUGCUUGACAUAUAUGGUUACUUUGAUUCCACAAUGUGUAGGAGGUACUUCUGGCAUCUUCUCUUUUCAAGUUGUUUCACAAAAUGUGGUUCUUUAUGGUCCUGUAAAUCAUAAUUUUUUAUAAAUCCCGUUGGCAACAUUGUCAAACAUUUUUGUUUUGAUUCAUGAUAGUCCAUGAAUAUAACUGUUAAUACUCAAAUUAUGUGGCAAA